AUCUCCCUUCUUUUUUAUCCCAACAACUUCACAACCCUCCCACCCUUUUUUUUUUUCUAUAUCCUUCUCUUCCCCUCCUCCAACAGGGAAGGGCAGAGCAGAGAGAAUAAAAAAGGCAUAUAUAUACAUUACAUAUAAUAUAAAAAAUUUAUCUCCCAAGAACAAAAAUCAUUCUCUCUUAUAAACCCCAUCUCUGUGUUUUUGUGAUGGAAGUCAAGCUCUGCCUGAUCUUCCUCCUUUUGGCCUUGGCCGUGGUGGCUGAGGCCUCUUCCUUUCAUGAUGCCAGCUGGGGUCUGGACCAUCUUAGCCACGGUUCAGUCGGUGACUUCAUCGGCGAAGACAAUGAGAUGCUGAUGGACUCUGAGGCCAGCCGGCGGGCACUGGCAGGAGGCAGGAAAUACAUCAGCUAUUCAGCCUUGAAGAAGAACCGAGUUCCAUGUGGUCGUCGAGGGCAGUCCUACUACAAUUGCCAAAAGAGACAGAGGGCUAACCCUUACAAACGCGGCUGCACUGUCAUUACUCAUUGUGCAAGAUUCACCGAUUAAUAAUAAUUGGAAAAGAAAAACAAAAGAAAAAAAAAAAAGUUAUGCGAAAGAGAGAGAAAAGAAAAAUAACAGUUUG